CCUACGCGCUAACCAAAACACCAUGCACGUAUGCUAUUCGCUCAUCAUGGUAAAGAAAUCGGGAAACUUAUAUUUCCCAUAUUACCAACGUUUGGGGGUUUGCUCAGGGUAGGUAUACGUUCGAGCAAUUCCAAACGUGGGACUAGUUCGAAGCUCCUCCGUCCAGGUGGCGCGUCGACACCAAAACAGAGUGUCACCCGUGCCCGUUUCCUCGGACAUUAAUCAAAAUUUAAACUCCGGUUACCCUAUCUUAAAAUAAUAUUUUAAAAAUUGAAUUAGGCUUAAAUCACGUCGGAGGAAACGGGCAUCGUUACAAAUCCAUGCCGUCUCACAGAGCUCACGAAUAUCACGCAUAGUAUUACUAUUACUAUAUAUGUAUACUCGACCAGUCAAAAAUGUGAGACUGAUUUGGUGCCGAAAUAAAACUUGGACCAAAAAAAUUGGCUCAUUGGCCCGUAUUUAUAGUCAGUGCUUGAGACGAAGCACAGUUUUAAGACCAUAGGUAUAAGUAAUAAUAACACAUGGUAGAGGAUGUCUUAAGAUCUUGCUUAAAACGGAGAACUGACUCUGAAUACAGGUCAUUGGCAAUCUCCCUACUUAUCUCUAAUAACAUUUGCCUAUGAACGUAGUAAAUUGUAACAAGCAUCCAGCGAAUGGUGACAUCAAACAGACCAUAAACGAACUAAAAAAUAUGGCCGUCGCUUUAAAUGUGAGCCUGUCAGGUGGCAUGUCCGAAUUUUGAGCGUAGACGUAUUUCCUAACCUCAAAAUCUUAGGAAUUGGUUCCACAAAUUAUUUAUAGGUCUUAAUUGCAAUAUGUCCGAAAGAUUGACAUAGGUUUUGUGUAGUCGUGUUUUAGCAAUAAAGAAAGUAUACAGAGACGCGAAGUAAACGUUAAUAUUUUCCUAACUUUUGAAUGUGUUUAGGAUAUAUAUUUCUUUAGAUUUAUAGAAUAUAGUAAUGAACGGAAUAAUACUAGAACCACCAUGUGGUGAUAUAAUUGACGAUAUAGAGGAUUUAAUAUCCUCUCAAGACAUCACACCGAAGGAGAGAUACAGUACUCGGAAGAACAUCACAGUACGUGCUAAACGUAAAAAAAAGGAACAGCCUGUUCAUGAACCAUCCAUCAUGUCUAGUAUUAUACCAGGUACACAGACAAUAUAUGUCAAAACUUGGGGCUGUACUCACAACAAUUCUGAUAGCGAAUACAUGGCUGGUCAGCUUGCUGCAUAUGGAUACAAUUUGAGCAACGACAAACACAAGGCAGAUCUGUGGCUUCUAAAUUCUUGUACCGUCAAGAAUCCUGCUGAGGAUCAUUUCAGGAAUGAGAUAGAGUAUGGCAAGAAAUUGGGAAAACAUGUGGUUGUUGCUGGCUGUGUACCACAAGGUGCUCCGAAAUCAGGAUUUCUCCAAGGACUGAGUAUGAUAGGUGUACAACAGAUUGAUCGUGUAGUAGAAGUCGUGGAAGAGACACUCAAGGGUAAUACAGUGAAAUUCAUGUCACAAAAGAAAGAAGCUGGUAAAAAGAUAGGAGGUGCUUCCUUGGCUUUACCAAAAGUUCGACGAAACCCUCUCAUAGAAAUAAUAGCAAUAAAUACUGGCUGCCUCAACCAGUGUACUUAUUGCAAAACAAAACAUGCGCGAGGUGAAUUAGGUAGCUAUCCUCCAGAAGAAAUACUAGAACGCGCUAAGCAAGCCUUUGAAGAAGGUGUUUGCGAGCUUUGGUUAACAUCCGAGGAUACGGGAACUUAUGGUCGCGACAUAGGCACCAGUCUACCAGAAUUACUAUGGAAGCUAGUGGACGUAAUACCAGAAGGUUGCAUGAUGCGAAUAGGAAUGACCAAUCCUCCCUACAUUUUGGAGCACCUCGAGGAAAUGAGCAAGAUCUUAGAUCAUCCAAGAGUCUACAGUUUCCUACACGUACCAGUACAAUCAGGAAGUGAUCAAGUACUAGCGGAUAUGAAGCGCGAAUACACGCGUGCCGAUUUCGAGAAAGUAGUGGACUUCUUGCAGAAACGUGUUCCUGGUCUGACAAUAGCCACAGACAUCAUAUGCGGCUUUCCAACGGAAACUGAUGCGGAUUUCCAGAACACCAUGGAUCUAUGCUGUAAAUACAAAUUUCCAAGUUUAUUCAUCAAUCAGUUCUUCCCGCGACCAGGUACUCCUGCUGCCAGAAUGCCGAGGUUAUCUGCACAGGAAGUGAAGAAGCGUACCAAGAGACUGUCAGAUUUUUUCCAGUCUUAUGAACCAUACGGGCACAAGGUUGGCCAAUUGCACAAGGUCCUAGUCACGGAAAUUUCUCACGACAAGCAGCAUUACGUGGCACACAAUAAAUUUUAUGAACAAGUCCUGGUGCCUAUGAAGGAGACUUACAUGGGCAAGAUGGUGGAAGUAAGGAUCACCGCUGCUACAAAACAUUCAAUGAAGGGUGAACCACUUGGGGAAGGUACUUCCCCAGCACUACGACAAUCCUUACCUCAGGGUAUAGUUUCCGGUGUGCCAAUAGAAAUGCAACCAUCAAAAUACAGAAUCGCUGCAAUUUUAACAAUAUUCUUUGCAAUAGCCGUCAGACUGUUCUGGAAGUUUCUAAAGGUUUAAUAAAAAAUUAUAUCUGUACAUAA